AUGCCUGUGGCAGAGCGGGUCCUCCUCCGCUCGGUGACCAUGUGGCUGCUCCUGCAGAGCCUCCUCCUCCUGGCCUCCUGCCUCCGCUCGGCUGCUGCGUUCCCCAAGGGCUGCUACCCCUCGGAAGAGGAGGGGCUGAAGACCUUCCGCUGCAGCAACGCUCGGCUGACCGAGGUCCCCAGAGACAUACCCAACGACACCAACAAGCUCUACCUGGACUCCAACCGAAUCCCCUUCCUGCCCCGUGACGCCUUCCAGGACCUGCCGCUCCUGCUGGAGCUGGAUCUGUCCCACAAUGCCAUUGCCAGCGUCGAGAGCGGGGCUUUCCGGGGCCUGGCAGAGCACCUGCACUCUCUGGACUUGUCUUCCAACAGGCUGGUGUCGGUCAGCAAAGAUGCCUUUAGCAACCUGAAGGCCAAGGUCAACCUCUCCAACAACCCCUGGCUGUGUGACUGUCGGCUGCAGGAGCUGAUCCGCACGGUGGACCUGGCGGCUGGCUCCUCGGGCGGCAUCGUGUGCGACUCCUCCGCGCAGGAGGAGCACAUCGGCAAAGCUUUCCUGCAGGUGAUCGCCAACACGGACUUCUGCAACGUGUACAAAAAGACCACAGACAUCGCCAUGCUGGUCACCAUGUUCGGCUGGUUCGCCAUGGUGAUCUCCUACCUGGUCUACUACGUGCGGCAGAACCAGGAGGACGCCCGGCGGCACCUGGAGUAUCUCAAGUCCCUGCCCAGCAAGCAGCGGAGGUCGGAGGAGUCGUCCACCAUCAGCACCGUGGUGUGA